CCUGAAAAGAGACGUCGCAUCGCCCAAGCCUGCGACAAUUGCAAACGCAGAAAGGAAAGAUGCGAUGGCAGCCGACCGUGCAGCAUCUGCAUCCGACGACGAAGGGAAUCCGAAUGUCAAUUUUCCGAGACGCCUGCUAGGUUGCUUCGGGGUCCACAGAGCAACACCGCUAACAUCGGAAGCCCUGCAAGUGUCAGUCAUCCAUCUCCAUCGGUCAACGGUGCUACAGCCAAUGCGGAAUCCCACUCUCGACCUGAGUCUGUGGCGCCAGUACCCAGAUUGGCGAGACUACUUCGCGACACUCAUGGCAAAUUCAUGUAUGUUGGCGAUUCUGCCAGUCUCUCCUUUGUCCAGAGCGUCAGACGUAUGGUUGUAUCCGCCAUUGGCGAAUGCGAUUUUACAAAUGACCCCCUCCGUCAUCAAAUUAUCGAAACAACACCUCCAAGCACUAUGCAGGUGCCAGAUAUGUCACCUCUGGAUCUGGACUAUGACGAGUGUAAACGGUUAUCUCAGCAUUACCUUCUCGCGACCAGCGGGCUCAUCGAGAUAUUCGAUGUCCCCACCUACUACCGCAACCUGGACCGUUGGGUGUUUGACAGGGCUCGAGAUAAUGACCUAAAGUCUGCCGUCUUCUACAUGGUACUUGCAAUCGGCGCCCAAGUAUCAUCACCGGACGGUGACCAGACACUUGCUGAGAAGUACUUUAACCGUGGUCGACAUAUGGCUGUCAUGAAUUUUACCGAUGCACCUAGUCUCAUGACAAUUCAGGCCUAUAUUUGCAUCACAAUGUACAUGCUUGGUGCAUGCCGGAGGAACGCUGCUUUCAUGCAGUUCGGCAUUGCUGUAAGAGCCGCCUUUGCUCUAGGUAUGCACAAGAGCAGCACACACGCACUUUUCGACGAGACAGAAGCUGGCGCAAGACGAAGAAUCUGGAAGAGCGUCCGCUUACUGGACAUCUUCCUAAGCGCGUCACUCGGCAGGCCGCCAGCCACAUCAGAUGUGUCAAUGGAAGCGGACAGAAAUGUUGCUGAAGAAGCAGCACAAGUGACAUCCACAGAUCCUUUCUCGAGCAAGGUGCUUGCGCUUUGCGACAUUUUCGAACGCAUUGUCAUCGAUGUCUACAUGAAGAAAGCAGUGUCUACACGCCUUGCAGACUCCAUCUCGGGCCAAUACAGAGACUGGACCAAUGAUUUGCCAGAAUCAUUACAGCUGUCGAAUCUCGGUCCAGGCGAGGACGACCCAGACAAGCUGAUCAAAGCUUUGGCUGCAAGUCAUAUCAUCAGUGCUUACCACUGGUCCAUCAUUUUGCUCACCCGACCUUUCCUCACCUUCCAAAUCAUCAAAGAUAUGAGUAGGGGUGGGCAAGACUCACAGACAAACGAUCAGAUGGAACAAUCAUCCAUCAAGACAUAUGCAGACGCAUGUGUAGACUCUUCAUUACGAAGUCUCAACAUCGCAUCAACAUUGAUGCAGUACCCCUCGCUCCCUCACAGGCUACCUUUCAUCAUCAACUCCGUCUGUAACGCUGCUCUAGUCUUGGGAGCCGCUACCUUCGCCGAUCAAGACAAGUUCCUUCCACUUGAAGAUGGCUUGAAACAGGGAAUGCAGAUCUUGAACCGCUUUGCGCAAUGGGAUCCUCACGCUGCCCGAUAUGCUCAAAUCAUAACCUACCUCCAAGAAGCCACUACAAAGUACAUCCGCCAACGAAGUGAGAGGUCACUCGAGUCUCGCCGCAGUGGCGUCACCAGACUCUUUGGU